GGGGGUCAGGCGCCUGCGGGGUCGGGAGGCCUGGCCUUUGCCUCAUCAAAGGCUCCAAAAAUGUUACCAGGCAGGGUAGAGAACUGAGGACGUGAGCUCCGACCUCAUUGGUUAACAAAUGCAGUGGGCGGGGCGUCCCGGCUUGGGUAUUUAUUGCUUUGUUCCAUUGUUACAGUGUUUUCCAGCUGGUCUGGCUCGCGAGGUCGGGGCCCCAACGGUCGCAGGACACCGCCGCACCUCUGUGUCGCACAAUCCCCCAUCUUUUUUUUGUGUGUUGGGGUUGGUUUUGUAGAGAUGUCUCUUUCUUGCAAUCACUCCCUGGACGGCAGCUUUCCUCCCUCCCCAGCGGAAGACAGGGGUUCGAAGCGGCUGUCCUGGGGCAGCCUGCUGCAGAGGCUGGCCGAGCUGAAGGGGAUCAACCAGAGGGUAACAGCAGAUCAGGGCUGCAGGAGUGAAACUGGAUCUGUGGCAGACAUGUCUCUAUCGGAGUCAGACAGCAGUUUCUUCUGGGAGCCCCUGGAGGAAACCUUAGCCACAGAAGUUGUAGCAACCAUGACACAAAGUCUCAACAACGCCUCACACAUCCUGGGCUGCUCCAAACUCAUCUUACCUGACUGUCUACUACACAGUAUCAGCCAGGAGUUGCUCCACCUGGCCGUGUGUGAGCCCUGCGGCCUCAGGGGAGCGCUCAUCGACCUGUGUGUAGACAGGGGGGAUCAGGGCUCCCUAUGUACCGUGGACCAAAUAGCAGUGGAUGCCACCCUGGUCCCGACCUUCCAUGUGACCCUGGUGCUGAGACUUGAGGCCAGUGGAUUGUGGCCAAAGAUUCAAAAGCUCUUUAAGGGGAGCAAGUCCCUGCAGACACCUGCAACAUCUCUGGGGCACCAAACCACUCUGAGGCUGAGUACGGGCUUCAGAGCUAUCAAAAGAAAACUGUAUUGUUCAGGGGAGCUGCUGAUUGAGGAGUGCUGCUGACCAAGCGCUCCUGUCCCUGACAAGCUGAACUAAAUUCAUGUGGAGCGUGAAACGGAGCUACACAGAUGUCAAAUGGCACUGACAAGAUGGUCCUGAAAUAGCACGUAUGUGUCUCUGUUGGUAAAUUAACGUGUGUAUCAAAGGGUUCCCUGGAACCAACUCAUGUCUCAUGGCAGCUACUCACCCGGUUGCGGGUGAGUCAACAGUGAAGACUCAUGUUUGAACAUGGGUCAGUUUCUUUCCUAUGAAUGUAAAGUCAUACCCUUGAUGGAAUGGCUUAUGUAUUUGAUAGUCAAAUAUUAUCACCUGAAACUUGUGCUUUGUAUUUUUAACAA